AUGGGGAAGGGGCUGGAGGGGACAGCGGCCCGCUGCGGGCUGGGACUGGGAUACCUGCUGCAGACGGUGGUGCUCCCCGCCCUGGCUGUCCUGGGGGCCAGCCGCCCCGGCUCCGCGGCGCAAGAUGAUGACUUUUUUCAUGAGCUUCCAGAAACUUUUCCAUCUGAUCCUCCAGAGCCAUUGCCCCACUUCCUCAUUGAACCUGAAGAGGCUUACAUUGUGAAGAACAAGCCUGUGAAUCUGUACUGCAAAGCAAGCCCAGCCACACAAAUCUAUUUUAAGUGCAACAGUGAGUGGGUUCAUCAGAAGGACCAUGUGGUGGACGAGAGAGUAGAUGAAACCUCUGGUCUGAUUGUACGGGAGGUGAGCAUCGAGAUCUCGCGGCAGCAGGUGGAGGAGCUCUUCGGGCCGGAGGAUUACUGGUGCCAGUGCGUAGCCUGGAGCUCGGCGGGCACCACCAAGAGCCGCAAGGCCUACGUCCGCAUUGCCUAUCUCCGGAAAACUUUCGAGCAGGAGCCCUUAGGGAAAGAAGUGUCCCUGGAGCAAGAGGUCCUGCUCCAGUGCCGUCCCCCUGAAGGCAUCCCAGUGGCUGAGGUGGAGUGGCUGAAGAAUGAAGAGGUGAUUGAUCCUGUGGAAGACCGAAACUUUUACAUCACCAUUGAUCACAACCUGAUCAUCAAGCAAGCCCGGCUUUCUGACACCGCCAACUACACCUGUGUUGCAAAAAACAUCGUGGCCAAAAGGAAAAGCACCACAGCCACUGUGAUAGUCUAUGUGAAUGGAGGCUGGUCCACCUGGACAGAGUGGUCUGUGUGUAACAGCCGCUGCGGGAGAGGCUUCCAGAAGCGCACGAGGACCUGCACCAACCCUGCCCCGCUCAACGGCGGCGCCUUCUGCGAGGGCCAGAGCGUCCAGAAAAUAGCUUGCACCACUCUGUGUCCAGUGGAUGGCAAGUGGACAUCCUGGAGCAAGUGGUCCACGUGUGGCACGGAGUGCACCCACUGGCGCCGCAGAGAGUGCACGGCCCCAGCUCCCAAGAAUGGGGGCAAGGACUGCGAGGGGCUGGUGCUGCAGUCCAAGAACUGCACGGAUGGGCUCUGCAUGCAGGGUUUCAUUUAUCCUAUUUCAACUGAACAGAGAACCCAGAAUGAAUAUGGAUUUUCUUCUGCUCCUGACUCAGAUGAUGUUGCUCUCUACGUGGGGAUUGUCAUCGCCGUGAUCGUGUGCCUGGCCAUUUCUGUGGUCGUGGCCCUGUUUGUGUACCGCAAGAACCACCGGGACUUUGAGUCGGAUAUCAUUGACUCCUCGGCACUAAACGGGGGAUUUCAGCCUGUCAACAUCAAGGCUGCAAGGCAAGACCUCCUGGCAGUGCCACCAGACCUCACUUCUGCUGCAGCCAUGUACAGGGGUCCUGUGUACGCCUUGCAUGAUGUCUCUGAUAAAAUCCCAAUGACCAACUCUCCAAUCCUGGACCCACUCCCCAACUUGAAGAUCAAGGUUUAUAACACCUCCGGUGCAGUCACUCCCCAGGAUGACCUAUCUGACUUCUCCUCCAAGCUGUCCCCACAGAUCACUCAGUCUCUGCUGGAGAAUGAGACCAUGAACAUGAAGAACCAGAGCCUUGCUCGACAAACUGACCCUUCAUGCACCGCCUUUGGUACCUUCAACUCCUUAGGAGGCCACCUAGUAAUUCCCAACUCAGGAGUAAGUUUGCUGAUCCCAGCAGGAGCCGUUCCACAAGGGAGAGUCUAUGAAAUGUAUCUGACAGUUCACAGGAAGGAGAACAUGAGGCCACCAGUAGAAGACAGCCAAACGCUGCUGACACCAGUGGUGAGCUGUGGCCCCCCAGGAGCCCUGCUAACCCGGCCCGUCAUUUUAACCAUGCACCACUGUGCAGAGCCAAACACAGAGGACUGGCAGAUCCAGCUGAAGCACCAGGCUGCCCAGGGACCAUGGGAGGAUGUGGUGGUGGUCGGAGAGGAAAACUUCACCACCCCGUGCUAUAUCCAGCUGGACCCAGAGGCCUGCCACAUCCUGACAGAAACCCUCAGCACCUAUGCCUUGGUGGGACAGUCAAUCACCAAGGCAGCAGCCAAACGUCUCAAACUGGCCAUCUUUGGACCGCUGUCCUGCUCAUCCUUGGAGUACAGCAUCCGGGUCUACUGCCUCGAUGACAUGCAGGAUGCUCUUAAGGAGGUCCUCCAGCUUGAGCAGCAGAUGGGUGGGCAGCUUUUGGAAGAGCCUAAAACUUUGCAUUUCAAGGGAAGCACCCACAACCUCCGUCUGUCCAUUCAUGACAUUGCCCAUUCUCUCUGGAAGAGCAAGCUGCUGGCUAAAUACCAGGAAAUUCCCUUUUACCACAUCUGGAGUGGAUGUCAGAGGAACCUGCACUGCACCUUCACACUGGAAAGGUUCAGUCUGAAUACCCAGGAGCUGGUGUGCAAACUGUGUGUGCGGCAGGUCGAAGGAGAAGGACAGAUCUUUCAGCUUAACUGCUCUGUCUCAGAGGAACCUACUGGCAUUGAUUACCCUGCCAUGGACUCAGCGGGCACCAUCACCACCAUCGUGGGGCCCAGUGCUUUCAGCAUCCCCCACCCGAUAAGGCAGAAGCUGUGCAGCAGCCUGGACGCUCCCCAGACCAGGGGCCACGACUGGCGCAUGCUGGCCCACAAGCUGAAACUGGACAGGUACUUAAAUUAUUUUGCUACAAAAUCAAGUCCCACCGGGGUGAUCCUGGAUCUCUGGGAAGCCCAGAAUUUCCCUGAUGGCAACCUGAGCAUGCUGGCAGCAGUUCUGGAAGAAAUGGGAAGACAUGAAACAGUUGUUUCUUUGGCAGCAGAAGGAAAUUACUGAUGCAGCCUUGGCAUGACCAGGAAGGACAGACGCAGGGAGCGGUAAUGCCCUGUUAUUGCAAAGGAGAAUUGAAAUGAAAACCCAGACCAAUGAGUUACACAAGAGACGUUUCAGAGAAGAAAGCAAGCAAACAAACAAAA